GGAACAUAAUGUAUGACGGACAAGCAUGGUUUUCUUGUGACCCUGUUUUAAAAUAGUUUAAAUAAGAUUAUAAUUAUAUACCCUUUAGUUAUCAGUCCACAUUAUUCAAUAAUGCGGUAGAAAAAUGUUAUCCAACCUCGGCAGACAGGUUCUGUGGCGGACAGUCAGAAACGCUUCUUUGUGCAGUCCUCUCACGGUUAAGACCUGCCAGUCCCCGUCUCUGCAGCUGGGCUGCAGAUUACUGUGUUCCACUGUUACAUCCGCCGACCAGACUGACCAGGACAGGCAUGGGGCGGCUCUCCUGUCCCUGCGCUCCCUGCUGGACAUGGGAUUCACGGACUCCCAGGCGAGCCAGAUCCACGGGGCCGUGUCUGCUCUCAGGGGGGCCAGCGCGGCCCAGCAGGCUCUGUCCACGCUCACGGUGCUGUUCGGCACGGGGCUCAACCCGGCCAGCGUCCUCAAACUGCUGGACAAAUGUCCCGAGCUGUUCUCCGUCAGAGACGGCCAGCUACAGCAGCGCAUCAACAACCUGAGGAGACUGGGUUUAGGUGAAGGCAGUCUGCAGAGAAUGGUGGUCCAUUAUCCAAAGAUCCUCACUGUACCUGUGAAGUCUGUAAAAACUGUGGUGCUGUUCCUGAGGGAGAAGUGUCUCUUUACUUUCCAGCAGAUCACACAAAUCCUCAGAGACAGUCCAGCAGUUGUACUAGAGGACCCGGGUCAGCUGGAGUACAAGUUUCAGUACGUCUACUUCCGAAUGGGUGUGAAACAGUCGGAGAUGGUGAAGUUCAGGUUGUUCCGUUUCACUCUUGAAGAGGUCCGCUGUCGACACAGCUUUCUAGAGCGACGAGGUUUUUAUCAAACUCCGGACAAGAAAGGACAAACGACCAUCAUCAACCCCAAACUGGAGAGCGUCCUUCACGUAGACCUGGAUGCCUUCCUCACACAGGUUGCCAAAGCAUCAGCAGAGGAGUAUGAUGUAUAUCAGAGACUCUUGGUGAGAGAAUGGAAGGAGGAGGAGGUGCAGCAGGGCAGAGUUGAAGCUGAUGAUGAUGAUGAUGAUGAUGAUGAUGAGGAUGAUGAGAAUGAGGAUGAAGAACGACAAGAGCAUUUGGAGAAUCCAGGAAAAAGUGGAUACAGAAAAAACAGGAACAGAAAAAAGAAAUAAUACAUGAACUGCACUAUAAAUAAAUGACACAUAAUGA